AUGAUAAUUAUACUAACUAAACCGAAAUUCCCAUCCAGUAAUUCCAGAAGCCUAGAGAUAAAACUGAACAAUAUGCCACCGGGUACACUACUGAGAGAAAUGAUCGAAAACGGACAUGCAAGGCCUAUGGGCUCCAUUGAAAAUAUUUACGGAAUUUUUAAUAGGCAGAAACUUUAUAGAAAUUUUUCUAUGUUUGCAGAAAUCAAUGAUUUUUGUAACGAGCGCCAGCUUAGGGCCGCUCUAAGAAAUCUGUGUCUAAAAAACCCUAUUUUACUUCAUACCAUUGUCCCAGAAAUUUGGCCUUUCAACGAAAAAUAUUACCUGAGCGACGAGUACUACUGCAUGCCUCGUUCUCAGCAUGAAUUUAUCGCUAUUUUACCAGAAUUGGAUCUGUCAGAUAUUUUGGCCAACAAGCAAACACAAUACCAGCAGGUUCUGGAAAAAGCUUUCAGGGAAUUCGAGUCAUCGAAUUUUUGUUACACCUCGGAGGUAUAUAAAUUGAUUGCGACAAUAUCAAUACCGUACGUGGGGCCCUCUUGGAGACUUAUUUGCUUACCGGAGAAACGUGGAACAGAAUGGAGAAAAUUCAUAUUCAUUUCGAACCAUUGUUUAUGUGAUGGAAGAAGUGCCGCAAAUUUUUUUCAUGACCUGAAGGAGGAGCUAAACUGUAACAUUGACAAUAGAUUGACCGUAACUACGAUAUUCAGUUACGAGAGGGAUCACUACCUAUUGCCAAAACUUCCUGAGCCAUUGGAAAAAAGAAUUGAUUUCCGGCCACCUUGGUCAUAUUUUCCCAAAUAUCUUGUCUGGGAACCAAUCGUGAAUCAUUUCAAAUUCUCCUCUAAUUGCGCGACUAGUCGUUUAGAUGAAUCUUUCGACGGGAAAACUCUUUUGACCGAAAUUAUAAACAUUGAUGUGCAAGUGCUUGAGAAAGUUAGGCAAUUAAUCAAAGCCAACGUGCACGAAGGUGGAACAAUAACACCUUUUUUAGAGAUCUGUUGGUUAAUUUCGCUUCAUAAAUGGGGAGCUUUCUCUGGUAAGUCGUGGACAAAAUGCUUAACAGAUGUAUUUGUACCAGUCGAUGUAAGGAAUCUUCUGCCUGAUGAUGAUGACAUAAGAAAAUCAUACAGGUACGGCUGUAAUGUUGCGGCAAUCGAGUUGAAUCCUUGGAUAAGCCAGUUGGAUGUCGAGAAAAACAGCGAUGAAUUUUGGGCGCUUGUUAGUCAAAAUCAAAACAAAAUCACGAGUUUGUUACAGAAGAAAGAACAACUCAAUCUCAUUGGAUUUAAUACGCUCGAUAUUGUCGAGAAAAAUUUUAAUCUAGACCGCGAACUCUGCGUACACACUCUCAACAAACCACGCCAAGGUACUUUAUUAAGCAACUUGGGUAUUUUUCCACAAAAUAGCCAAGAAAGAGAUAGGUACUCGUUAGAGAAUCUGAUUUUUGGUCAGUUUCAAGGAUCGUUCCGUGAAUCGUUCUCUAUGUGUGUCUGUUCCACUGAUAGGAAAGGAAUGAAUAUUGUACUCACAACUACCAGUGAUCUUAUACCAAACAGCAAGUCCUGGGAGGAUCUUUGCAGCACAUUCAAGAGUAUUAUCUCCGACACUUAG